AUGGCCAGACCGGAUCCUUACUACAAUAUCCCUGUGUCCGGUUGCGCUUCAUCCGCCGAGCUUGCCGCCCAAUUCGAGACCAAGCGUUCUCUUGCCGGAAGUCACCUUCAGCGGACAGAGAUGGUAGUCGACCCUGGGGCGGUUGGCCGGGGUAUUGAGGUUGCGACAGGCUAUCCGAGACCUCUACCAUCAAACUCAUGCGGUGCGCUUUCUUCACCGAGACAUAGUGCCACGCCACAUUCUCCGGCGCCCCUCAGAUGCGAGCUUUCGGUCGCCCUCGAGACCGUCCUCCACCGAGCGAGAGGAUUCAAAGUCGAUGACCGAGGAUCCUAG